CCUCCAGAAAUAAGUGAGUGAAGUCUCACUUCCUCCAGAACAUUCACUUUGUCAGAGAGUUGGUGAGAGAGAGGGAAAAAAGCUGAGACGCGAAGCCAAGAGAAGAAGCUCUGCUCGAGGGGUCUUCUGGAGUGGCGAGAAGAAGCUCUGUUCGAGGGGUCUUCUGCAGUGGCGAUCUCUCUUGGUGAUGAAGAAAAGAGAAACCCGAUGAAGGGAAAGAGGAAGAGGAGCGUGAGAGAUUUGGGAUGGAGAGAGGUUUUGGAGUUAACAUAGUGACUGUUGUUAUGGUCGUUGUGCUUGGAUUUAGUCAGAAAAUUGAUCGAAGGUCAGAUGGCUAGAGACAGAAAUCUUGCUUUCAGUCUAAGAAGAACGUUUUGAAAAACAUCAUUUUCAAGAACAACAAAUUGUUCAAGCCAAUGUUGCAUCUACUACAUUCAACUCUUCAAAAAAACUCCCAAGGUUCUUAUUUUUUCACCAAAGAGAGGAAGCAAAGCCCACACCAACAAGAAUAAAUUGACACUUUCUAUUUGGGUUGCAUUUUCAAGUAAAUCUAUUUUUGAGCAAGAGAAAGCAGUGUAACCUUGGUGAAAAUGCACACUUGGGCUGAGCGAGGAAAAACAAUUAUAUAGGCAUCAACAAAGGAUGAUUUGGUUUGCCUAAUUUGUAAGAAUGGGAUGGGUUGAUGCUAUCUAAUUUUGCAUUGGAGCAACAAUUGCACACGGCAAGGCAAGAGCUGAAUAUUCCAAUUAAUAUUGACGAGGUUUUUGGAGGAUCCACUUCUUUCGAAUGGUGUGGACCUUGAGGAAGGUGGUUAUCAAGACCUUGUAGGUCUGAUUAGUCAUCAAACAUAAUUCUCUUCAUAGNCUCCUUUGCUUACUCUCAAAGAAAAUGAUGGAAACUUUUGGGAUUUGAUGACUUUCAACUUCAUAACUCCAGUAACGAAUCAUGCAAGCUCAACUGAGUAACAAUGGCUCUAAUCCAUCUUUGUUUAGAGCACUCUGUAGUGCAUAUGGAUGGCCAUACCUCUGCCUGGGUUUAUUGAAGUUCUUACCAAUAGUAUUGAAGUACAUUGAUGCUAGUAGGAAAGAGGUUGGUAUUGAAGUGAAACUAUGUCAGUGGGAGCAUGGCAAGAGUCAUUUGUCAUUUGAAAGCAUGAAAAAGAGUCGGCAGAAGCUUAGAAAGCUUAUACAAAAAUUUACUAUGACCUUUCCAGAAAAAAUAGUCCUGGAUUUUAUACCAGCUGUUGGAGCAUGUCUUUCAAUUGCAGACAUAGUUUUUCUGUGGAAGAAAGAGCAUAGUAGUCACAUUGUUGGAUAUCAUAAAUGGUUCUAUAGCUUUUCUGAGUUGAUGGUGUGGNUAAAUAUUAUUUUCUUCACAAAGCGUGGCGGCAGUCACCACAUUGUCUUCAAUCGUGUUUUAUGUUUAUGGUGGAUUCCUAAAGCAAUAUUGGCAGUUUUGUAUUUGAUGACAAAGAUUUCAUCAUUUAAGGUUUCAAUUUGCAUCACGGAAAGCUUAGUUGUUCUCUUGAAUAUCUCAUUUGGCAUAGUCAUCAAUGUGCUAAGGAUAAAGAGACCAUCUUACAAAAACAGAUAAAAGUCAGUGGGUUCUUAUCUCAUAUCCAGAAUUACGUAAUGGAUACUGGGGAAUCUUCUCAGCAAAGGCACAAUUUGUGUUAUCACUUGGAAUAACAUCCCCACAUCCUAAAGACGCGAAAGAUGAGAACCAACAACCCACUAAGGUCUUUAUUCUAGUGCCUCACACUCAACAACUGCCAUUGGAGGAGAACUGUAGUUGGCUUCGAGAAGAGAAAAACAACAUCUUGCAAUAGAUAAGAGGGCAGCUGCUCCAACCAAGUCCUAUGCAGAAGCAGAUUGGUGCAGCGAGGGAAUUUAUGCCAGGAGUGGUUGAUAGCAUAAGGAGCAAACUGAUAAGUCCUUUCUUUUCGUUCCCAUAGUUUUAGAUACUUUCUAUUCUAGUAUAUAGAGUAGUUAUAGAUAGCAUAGUAAAUAGUAGAGUAGAACAUAUGUGG